GCCAUUAGAAGAUGUCGACUUUACCCGUCUUCCUCCUCCUUUUUGGAUGUUGCUUUUACAACAUCGAGCUGUCUGCAGCAGACUGUGAAGAUGAAUCUUACCAGGGUCUUAGACUGCCAAGGACUUGGGUCGCCCCCGGUUCAUCCUCGAGGAACGGCAUAAUAUUUGAGGAAUUCAUUGAUGUAUACCAUCGAAAACCGAGAGGGGAAAACGUCACUAAGUACGAGGUUAGAUACUCCAAGAAGAGUAUUCCAGUCUUAGAAUUUCGCACACAGACUACUCUCCGGCAGUCAAGGUAUACUGACCUACCCCUCUCUUUUGACUACGACUUUCAAGUGAGGGCUUACAACGAGAAAGGAGUUGGUCCCUGGUCUGAAUCGGAAGGCUUCAUUGCUGAAAAAGGAAGACUUAGACCACCAAGAAACAUUCGUGUCGAGAGACUGACACCAAAGCGAUACUCUGUGACGUUUGACCCUCCUAUUCAAUCAAGCUGGCGUCCCAUCACGAUCCACAGUUACCGCAUCUUCCACAGCUACCACGCAAGUGGGGCCAUGACCGCGUGGAACCAGACAGAGGUCCUUGCCGGAACGACGGCUGAAUUUACCGUGUCGGACCCGACGAAAACGUACGUUGUAAAGGUCCAGGCACGGGAAGUGGACGGUAGAUAUGGUAACCUGUCCACUAUCUACGUCCCAACUUAUUACCCAAUCGUGACACCGGGAAAACCUUGUAAUUUGCGCGUGGUCUCGAAAAGUUCUACAUUUGUGUGGCUACGUUGGGACCAUCCAAACGAUUGGCAAACUGGUAGUCUAACGAGUUAUCUGCUCGAGUACCAAAAAAGUACCCGGCCGUAUGGAGGUUCAUAUGGCGUAUUUCUGCCAUCGACAAGGACAGAGUACAAAGCUGAUGGACUCAUCUCAGGAACUUCUUAUACCUUCAACCUUACUGCUAAGUACCUAGGGGAACCUGUUCGUGAAGGGCCGGCUAUCAUCCGUGCAGAAACAUCUACUUAGUCGCAAAUCUGACAGCUUUUAAUGGAGACCAUUAUCAGCUGUUAUCUUUUUCACAGAGUAUGCGCUAAAAGCGUUCUACCAUGCCAUCUGAAUAGGGGCAAAGUAGAUCUCGUCGAUUCGUGCUAACAACAUUCAUCUUUGCUUCAGGUCAGAUACGGGUAUGCCUCAAGAAUACAUAAAAUGUGAACUAUGCAUUGGUUUACCUAUUUCAGUCCCACGUCAUUGAUUUGGUUCGUUCUUCCCGCCGGCAAGCCCUUUUGCUCAACGAAAUAGAAACGAAAUAUUUUGCCAAGAGUGUACAUGUACAAUAAAGAUAUCAAUUUUAUAUUUUCAUUCCUGUUUCCGCAAGAACUCGGUACUAUCCAGCCUAUAUUUAAAGAAGAAAUAUUUAGCUAAUCUUUGGCGUAGAAAUGAGACAUUCAUUAACAUACAGCAACAUACAUACUUAUAAGUGUAUCGAUAAUGAAUAAAUAGGUAUACGCAUUCUUCAUAUACUCUAGUUACUUCUCUCUAAGCCCGGUUUCGAAUAUGCAAGGCAUAGCCUACACAAUCACGUGGUUCUCGACUCUAUUCAACACGAUUGACUAAUGUGUGAGUGGCACCACGUCGCCCACUGAUGGCCAUGCAUGGUCAUGGCUUAGUGGUCUAGACCGUGUCUAUUUCAAAGGAAGAAUUCAAAUUCAAUUCAAUUAGGCCCAUGGGUUCAUAAAAUCUGCACUUUGAUUGACUGGAUGAUUCAAAACGUACGCCUAUACAGGGUAUUCCAAAAAAGUGCAUGCUAACUUUCUGUUUUACUCUAAAACGAUGUUUAGGCUGUACUGUUUACACUCGGUAUUUCUAAGCUUAAAUAAAGGAUCAUUCUCACAUGUGUGAUUCUUUGCCAGGCCUAAUCCUAGACAUCAGUCAUUGUCAGUGUAAUGUACCUUAUAAGAAAACGCUGGGUGCUUUAUUU